AUGAAGAGAAGAUUCACAGUACAAGAAGCUCUAGAUCACAUCCUUGCUGAAAAUGAUGCAGAGGACACACCUAGUGUCACAGAUGAGCCAGUUUCUGAGGAGGACGAUGCUAUUGAAUAUGAAUCAGAGUACACAGACUCGUCGGAUGAGGAGGGCACAGGUGCUGAAGCUGCUCCUGUAACUGAAACCUAUAAAUCCAAAAAGGGUAACAUCACUUGGAGUGCGAUUCCUCCUGUUUCACAUGGCAGGGAAGCUGCUGAAAAUGUUAUGAAGAUGACCCCUGGGAUUACAAGGUUUGCUUUGACACGAGUAAGUGACAUCAAGACAUGCUUUGAUUUGUUUAUGCCAUUGUCACUAAAGAAAGUCAUCAUUGCUAUGACAAACCUCGAAGGGAAAAAAGUUCACGGUGACACUUGGAAGGACAUUGAUGAGGAGUGCCUGGAUGCUUUUAUUGGUGUUCUUCUUCUCGCUGGCGUGUACAGAUCCAGCAAUGAGGCCCUUACUAGUCUCUGGGAUGUGUCCACAGGCAGGAGUAUUUUCCGCGCAACAAUGUCACUUCAGACCUUUCAAAUGAUCUCAAGAGUCCUCAGAUUUGACAACAGAGAUACUAGAGCACGGUCUGACAAGCUUGCUCCCAUCAAAGACGUCUGGGAUAGAUGGGUGAAGCUCCUUCCACUGAUGUUCAACCCAGGACCAGAGGUGACAGUGGAUGAGCGUCUUCUCCCUUUCCGUGGAAAAUGCCCCUUCUGGCAAUACAUGCCCAGUAAGCCAGGCAAAUAUGGCAUAAAAAUCUGGGCAGCCUGUGAUGCGAAAACCAGCUAUGCCUGGAAUCUACAGAUUUACACAGGCAAACUUGCAGCUGGCAUCCCUGAGAAGAAUCAAGGAAAACGGGUAAUCCUUGAUAUGACUACUGGACUGCGGGGUCACAAUAUCACGUGUGACAAUUUCUUCACCAGCUAUGAUCUUGGACAAGAACUUCUCAAGAGGAAACUUACCAUGGUGGGCACAAUAAGAAAAAACAAACCUGAGCUGCCCCUUGAAAUUUUGCAGGUGAAAGACAGGGCUCCACUGUCUUCAAAAUUUGCUUUUACAGAAACCACCAGUGUUGUUUCAUACUGUCCCAAAAAGAACCGGAGUGUGAUACUUAUGUCCACUCUUCACAAAGAUGCAGCUGUGUCAACAAGAAGUGACAAAAAGCCUGAAAUCAUCCUGGACUACAAUAAAAACAAAGGAGGAGUGGACACCCUGGACAAGCUGACUGCCACCUACACUUGCCAGUGA